GGUAGUCGCUUUCAGGUUGUAUUACGAAAAUGGAAAAUCACUUGAAAAAUCCAUCUUGAGUGAAAGCAUCAUACACAGUUUCACCCUUAUCCAAUUCUCCGUUUCAGUCUUACCCUUUGUACGAAACUCAAGCUUCCGAUUCCAGUGGCACACUCGAAUACUUUUAACGUCGAAUUUUUCCUUCGCGGCUGCUUCUAAAGGAUUACCAAGUCACCGUAGCGACUGCUCGGCCCAGGAGCGCCCAGUCGCCAUUAAGCGAUCGAUCGUUCCGGUCGGGUCCGUGUUAUACGUAUAACCUAUACUUCUACUACUACCACUGCGACCAUCUCCAUCAGUACCAUCAGCACAAGUGCCACGAUGGUUCCUCUCUUUCUACCCAUUUACUCACCAGUGGACCACAGUGAUUUUGUCAGAUUAUACUUUGCCAAAUGUCUCUUUACAGUCGUUACCGAAUCGCCUGCUAACGUUUCUCUCUAUUCUCCACGUUUAAGAGAACAUUUCGAACUAAUUGCUGACAAAACUUCCCAGAAAUGGACUCCAAAAUGUCUCGAGUACCAAGUGUAUCUCCGAGCUCGGGCGUCUUCGCCUUUCCGUCAGAUCCGACGUCACUCAAUGGCACGUUGUUACGAGGGACGUCGAGUCCUCGUGGAAAAGUGUAACGGCAGUAGAAGCAGGACGAUAAAUUCAAAAACAAAUGAUUUCACACACGAGAACAUCGUCAAGAAACGGUGUCAACGUCUUGUGCUCUCGGAUGAGGAGUACCAACCAGCUGAGAUAAAUGUUUCCGUUACGGUGUGGGAAUACAAGCAGAAGAGGACAAUAAUUACGCCGGGUAUAUUUCACUUUGACGCCGUGAGAAGGAGGACUGUCUCGCUUGUGUACAAUUUGAAUUGAUGUUGUUCCAUAAGCUCGCAAGGAAGUAGAGCAGUCAUUAAUUGUCACCUGACUGGCAGAAGUAGGGAGAGCCUUUACAGUCGGCAGGGAAUUAAUGUCAGACCUUCUCGACAUUAAUCGCGACCAUAAUCGAUUCGAUGAUUAUUUAUUGGUCCACACAAGUCAUCAAAUCAGUGACUCCCGCCGCCAUCGAAGGAUUAAUCGCCUUGGAUGUGAUUGAUGAUCAAGAUCUCACGAUAUCACCUUUGUGGACGUUCGUCGACUCCCUCGGGUAUACUCUGGGUAAAUACUAUUAAACUACUGUAAUAUAGAACCGCUAGGGGGUCAAUUGAGAACGACUUGUUUUUCUUCAAUCCUCACCCCUAGCGUCGUGGUCGGUCGUUUCACCUGAUCGUGUCGAGCAGUGAUAAUUUAUCAGUCCUUAAAUGUCCACGAAUUCUCAUGCUUACCAUCAAUUUACGUGAAAAGAACAAAUAUCGAGGGUUCGUGUAUAGGAGCUAUAAUGGAAACACCACAUCUAUCCCACUAGCAGUAAAAUGGUAGAUUGAACAAUAGGCUGUGAUUGUAGAAGGACAAAAGAAGAAAGAUUGACAUCUACAAAGAAGAAUUUCACUAUCUGACGUAUCUUGACAAAUUUGAGGCCUAAUUUCGGAUUCAUAAAGAACUAUACUCUACUAUAGUGUAAACAAUCCGACGUGAAAAUCUGGUGGGCAAAUUGAGGCGAAAGAAAGAAAAGAUAAAUA